UGUAAUUGACAAGUACCCCCCCCCACCACACACACACACACACACACACACACACACACAAAACACGUCCAAAACACCUCCACGAACGCAAGAAAAAGUUGGCUAUUUUUUUAAUGUAGUGGAUUUAAAUCUACCAACCAGAAUCAAACAUUUCAGAGGAUGUUGUCCCUGUCGUGUACGAGUGGAACGUGACGCUGCGAAAGAACGCCGGAGGUGGACUUCAUGGAAUUGUCGGAACCACUUCCUGUCGGUGGUGAAUGCUGGCCACGCUAAGAGGAGAUGGAGUACAGUGAGAGAGUGCUGUGUGGGAGUGGGGAGGUGGAGCUGGACCCCAACAUUGUCAGCGAAGAGGCGGGGAAACUCUAUUCCGAACUGCAGACCGUCAUCGAGACGCAUGGCGAAGGUGUGGUGGAGUCCCUGGUGCCAAUAUUUGUGUGGGUCCUGGAGGGGCUGGCAGGCUGCAAGGCUCAGCUGAGGGAGCGGGAAGAGGAGGCGGAGCAGGAACGAGCUGAAAGAGAGCGGCUGCUGGAGCGUUACCAUCUGGAGAAGGCCGUGAGGAAAGAGAGUCAGGAGAGGUGUUUGGAGCUGGACGACCAAAUAGAGCAGGAAAGGAGAGCCAUAAGAGGGAGAGAGAAGGAGCGAGAACGCCGGGAGAGACACUUUGAGAAGAAAGCCAGGGAGCAAGCAGAUCAAUUGGUGGCCUUGGAGGAGCAGAAGUCGGCCCUGAGCCGGGAGCUGAGUACGCUGAGGCACACACACAACAAGAUGGUGCACUCCUUCCGGGAGCUGAUGGAAAAGAAGAAACAUUCGGAAAGCGAUUCAGCCCUGAGGGAUCACACGCGACACAAAAAUGCUGACUUCCCCCCCAGCCCAGAACCUUCCACGCACGACAAGAGGCCACUUUCGAACUCUGGUCCGCCAUGUUUGGAAGUGAUAGAAGCAACGGAGGAAAAGGCAAUGGAUGUAAUCAUGAAGGCGGCCUCGGAUCAGUUUGUCAAGGACAUCAUAAGCUCCACCCCUGAACUAAGAGAGUUCCAUGGCUCCUUGGAUAUAGCAAGCACUCCGGCAAGACCCAAAACGGAAGAGUCUGACACCAGCUUGGAGGAUGAGCUGAAGGGCGGGAGGGUGGAAGUUGAAGGAAGAUGUGACGAGAAGCAGGAAGGACAAGAAGAAGAGGAAGAGGAGCUGGAGGAAGACAGCAUGGAGUGGGAGCAACGCAACACCGACUCCGUUUUCUCUGAGCUGUCGGAGCUGAGUCAGGAUUUUGUGGAGAGUGUGGACCAAGGUGCUAGCGUCAGAGGCAGUUCUGAAGAGUUUGAGGAGAUCCUUUCUCAGUACGAGGAACUGAAAGUCACCCACGAGUUGGUAGACGCCGCCCGCAAGGCUCUGCUGUCCCGCGUGGUGGAGCUGACCGACGAUCGCUCCGCUCUCAAACUGGAAGUGGCCUCUCUUAGGGAAACGGCGUCCCGCUUGGAGAGCCGAGUGAAGGAGAGGGAGGAGGAAAUGAAAAGACUUCGAGAGAAUUUGGAGGCUUUUCAGUCGUCGGAGCCUGAUGCCUCAUUAAGCGCGUCCACGCGACACUUUUCCCGCUCCGAAAUGGCCCGCGUGGUGAUGGAGAAGAACCAGUACAAACAGCGGCUGUUUGAGCUGCAGGAGGCCGUCAGACAGAGCCAGACGCUAAGAGCAAGCAAGGAAGGAAGGCUCUCUGAGGAGAGAAGGUCCAGCCUUUGGGGGAAGUUCAACCGCUUUUUUGGCCUGACGAAACAGCCGUUGAUGCUACUUCCUCCAACUAUACCGCCGCUGACUCGCCCCCUGGCGCUUCAACGACAGGAAGUCGGUCAAACUCAGGCAGAAUCGUCUGCUCCUGCUGCUCUGUCGCCUCGUGCCAGGAGGAGGGAAGUCUACAAAGAAAUCCGCUCCCACUUAUGGGGAAGGCUAGGAAAAUUCCAGCUGCACGGCUGGAGCGUGCCGCUCGCCAACAUGCAGGAAUCUGAGGAAUGUGUGCCAGAGCCCAAAGAAGUGCCGGUCUUAACUCAGCUUAGACUCCUGGACCAAAGAGACUCCAGUGCAAAGAUCAACUGUGCACUUGCCGUGCCGCCGGAGAUUUCAGGAGAGGCCACAUGUUCUGUGUGGGUGGUGUCUGGCCCCGCCUCCAACAGCGACGUCACAGUGAUAGACCCCACCCGAUCCAACACAGUCCUGGACCAGUUCAGCCUCCCCCCCACGGCUCCUGCCCUCUGCAUGUGUGCCGUGCCCCCCGUAGGAGACUCUCCAGGAACUGUGUGGAUUGGAACUCAGGAAGGAAGCAUAGUGAUCCAUUCGGCCUCCGCAGGCAGGGGACGUUGCCUUCUGUCCGUCUCCCUCUCGGAAAGUGUCCACUCGCUCCUCUACUCCCAGGGUCAAGUGGUCGCCGGCUUGAGUGACGGAACCUUGGCUUUCUUCUCCAGCAGUGCAGGCGGCUGGAACCUGCGGUCCCACUCGCUGAUGCCCGUGGGUUCAAACCCCGUGCAGCCCAUUCGCUGCUGCCUGGCCAAAGGUGCACACUUGUGGGUGGGAUAUUGGAACAAAGUGCACGUGGUUGACCUCCACAGCAGAAAGGUGGAGCAAGUCUUCUCGGUCUCGGAGCGCAGCGAGCAGCAGGUCCGUUUCCUGUGCGCCGGAGGAAGUGGCGUCUGGACCGCUUGCAGACUUGACCCCGUGCUCCGGCUGUUUGACUGGUCGACUGGGCGCCCGCUGCAAGAAGUGGACAUCACUGCUCUGGUGACCCAAUCAUUAGGCCAAGCGUUCCUGGCCCUCGCACCUCUUCAGAUCUCCUCGCUGGCUGUCAUCUCUGGUCGCCUGUGGGUGGGCACAGGGGGCGGAGCCAUCCUCUCCAUGCCCCUGUCUGAGACGUCUGAAGCCGUCUCCAUGCCGUACUGCGCCGUUGCCGCCGCCCAGCUGUGUUUCCAUGGUCACCGCCAAGCGGUCCGCUUCAUCAUCGCUGCCCCCGGCUGCUUGAUGUCCACGCCCGGCAGCGGCGUCACGCCCGCCCAGCUCGUCCUCAGCGGCGGAGAAGGUUACAUCAACUUCCGCAUCGGAGACGACGCCAGCGACGACGGCACGCCGGUAUCCCAGGCCUCGCCGCAGCGAUCGGAACGCAGUCACAUGAUCAUCUGGUUGAAUCCCGCCUCCGCUGUGCCAAGCUGUGUCCUCUAACAUCGGCUGGACGCAACAAACUUUAUCCUUCGCUCGAUCCAAAUCACAGAAGCCUUUAUGGAAUUCUUUUUUUUUUUAAUGGGAAUAUUUUCUGCUCUUUACUUUCACUGACAUAUAUUUCAUCAACAGGUCAACUCUUAUCCAUAAUGCUUGGAUUAUGAACAUUAUUUAACUUCUCUGCACAUAUCUCCUCGUCAACUGGAAGCAGGACAAAAAACAUCAGCUUUACUUCACGGAUUAUUUUUUUACAUAUUGUGUAUUUUCUGUGGCGCCAAGUACUUUGAGUUACAAAUACCUCCACAUGCUUAUAUAUGUAUUUAUUUCUAUGAUCAUGUUCCUCUUCUGCACAGCUCAAGCUGAGACAUAUUUCCUUCAUGUUCCUAUGCAAUAUUUAAAUACAACCUGCCUUUUUUUUUUUUUUUUUUUUGCACAAACGCUCUCAACUUUAUGCAAACGUGAUAUAUGAUUAAUACCUUCCAAUUUGGCUCGUUCAAUAUAAGAGCACUAAAAACGAAACAUUAAAUAUGAGCCAUUCCAAGAAAUACAAUGUACAAAUGCAGAAAAAAUUCACUGUAAAACACGUUUCACUGGAAAUAAAAUGUAUAAAUGGAAA